UGGCUUAGCUCAUAUACACGUUAACCAAACCAACAUAUUGUCACUCAAAACAGCUAUAUAUAUAUAUCAGUUCUUAAGCCAUCAUCUCAAACUUCAUAGCUUUAUCAUAAGCAAAACAGCAAGCCAUGGUGCACUCAGGCUCUUCCAUGUUCCUUCUUCUUGCCUCUCUGCUCUCCCUUUCACUUUCAAGCUCAGCUUCAAUGGAGCAAAGCUUUGUGCAAUGUUUGGCUAUGAACUCCCAACAAACCAUCCCUCCCUUCUCUGUUUGUGCUCAAAACAAUGCUUCAUUCUUCACUCUCCUUCAAUCAACAGCACAAAACCUCAGAUACUUAGAUCCAUCACUUCCAAAGCCUGAAUUUAUCUUCACUCCAUUACAUGACACUCAUGUCCAAGCAGCCGUAAUUUGCUCGAACAAGCUUCGGAUACAUCUCCGAGUGCGUAGCGGCGGCCAUGACUACGAGGGUCUUUCUUAUGCUUCCGAAAUCGGAACUCCAUUCGUCGUUCUAGACCUCGCGAAACUCCGGUCGGUCCAAGUGAAUAUCCAAGAUAACACUGCAUGGGUUCAGGCUGGUGCAACGGUUGGUGAAGUUUACUAUAGAAUCUCAGAGAAAAGUAAUGUCCAUGGCUUCCCUGCUGGCCUUUGCACUAGCUUAGGCAUUGGUGGACACAUAACAGGAGGUGCAUAUGGCUCCAUGAUGCGAAAAUAUGGCCUUGCUGCUGAUAACGUCGUCGAUGCUCGGAUCGUCGACGUUAACGGUAGAAUUCUCGAUCGAUCGACGAUGGGAGAGGACUAUUUUUGGGCCAUUAGAGGUGGUGCUGGAGGCAGCUUUGGGAUUAUUCUUUGGUGGAAGUUGCAGCUGGUUCCUGUUCCUGAAACUGUGACAGUUUUCACUGUUCCAAAGAUCUUGGAGCAAGGUGCCACUCAAAUCCUCUACAAAUGGCAGCAAAUUGCAGACAAGUUAGAUGAAGAUUUGUUCAUUAGAGUCAUAAUCCAAGCAACCAUUGAUAAACCCACCAAGAAAAGAACCAUUUCAACAGCUUACAAUGCUCUUUUUCUUGGUGAUUCCAAAACACUCCUCCAAGUUAUGGAGAAAAGCUUCCCUGAAUUGGGUUUAACACCAAAAGAUUGCAUUGAAACGAGCUGGAUCAAAUCAGUUCUUUACAUAGCAGGAGAAUCCAUUAAAACACCUCCUGAAGUUCUUCUACAAGGAAAGCCACAAUUCAAGAACUAUUUCAAAGCAAAAUCAGAUUUUGUUCAAAUCCCAAUUCCAGAAACUGGGCUGGAAGGUCUGUGGAAAAGAUUGCUGGUUGAAGACAGCCCUCUUAUGAUCUUGAACCCUUAUGGAGGAAUGAUGAGCAAGAUCUCAGAGAGUGAAAUCCCAUUCCCACAUCGGAAAGGGAACUUAUUCAAGAUUCAGUAUUUAAGCUUAUGGCAGGGUGGAAACAGACAUGCUGCAAAACACAUUGAAUGGAUCAGAGAGCUUUAUAACUACAUGGCUCCAUAUGUUUCCAAGGCUCCAAGAGCUGCUUAUGUGAACUAUAGAGAUCUUGAUUUGGGUAUGAACAUGAAGAACAACAUGAGCUUGGCUGAGGCCAGUGAGUGGGGGAGUAAGUAUUUCAAGGACAACUUCAACAGGCUUGUGGAGAUUAAGACAAAAGUUGAUCCUGAUAACUUUUUCUGGCAUGAACAGAGCAUUCCUUCCUUGGGAAGAACUAAAAAGAUCCAAAAGAAGGGGUUCUAACUAAAAAAAUCCGAUGUGGGAUUGAGUUUUUAGUGUUCUAAGAGAUUGAAUAAUGGUUUUUCACCUUUUUUUGAGGAGUUUUCUUUCUUUUGUGGUUACUUUUCUUAUAUAAAGAGUGGAUUGAGAAUAUUAGAGUGGUGGGUUUAGAAAGGGCCGAUGUGGGAUACUACUUUUAAUAUUGAUAGCAAAA